GCACCCACGACCCCCACCUCUCUUCCUCACACGGCGCCGGCCCCGACUCGCCUUCCACCUCCGGCGACACCCCCUGCCUCCCACCUCCUGCGACCCGCCGCACCCCCCCCGGCCUCCCAUCUCCGGCGACCCACCGCGACCCCUGGGCUCCCAUCUGCGGGCGACCCACCACGCCCCCCGCCUCCCACCUCCAGCGAUGCGCCACGGCACCGCCUCCCACCUUCGGCGAUGCCCCACGGCCCUGCCUCCCAUCUCCGGCGACGCGCCAUCCCUGAACCCCGCCUCCCAUCUCCUUCGACGCGCCGUCCUGAACCCUGCCUCCUCUCUCGCGUCGCCCCCAUUGGCCCCCGAGCGCGGCCGUCCCUCCCACGGAGCCAAGCUCACGGCCGUCACUUCCACCACGCCGAGCUCGCACUCCAUCGCCGCUGGCGCCCCCAACCUCGCGUCAUCCAUGACCCCUCCAUUACACUCCUAUUCUGCAGGAACAUGUCAGUUCGUGUGGAGCAUAACAGUCCGUCAGUUCGUCGGUGGGAUUCGCAGGAUCCGCAGAGCGGCAGCAGCGCUCACUCUCCAAUGGUUGCCCGCGCAAGGAGGAUACAGGGAUGCGACAGUGGUGGAGGAGUCAGCAGCGUUCCAUGGCCUUCGUCCUCCUAGUCGCAUCUUUUCUUAUAAACAGCCAGAAGAAAACGACGCACAGGCUUCAUGCUCUCCAUCUCCUGGUGAAGGGGAGUUAAGCUCUACGACCACUUGGAUGUGGAUGCUCAUGCUCCUCCACUGGGCGAGCUCCAAGGGCACCACGGGCUUGAGAUUGUCAUCUCUACCCUCGGCCGCGAGGGCCAAGAGGCUGCCUGCACCCUGCUAAAUGAAAUGCUACUUCCGACCACCAGCUCGCCUGAUGCCCGUAUGUAGACCGCCAUGCUUUUCAUGAUUUCCUGUAUGCCUGUACAUGAAAAAGUCUCAACAAUUCCGUUUCUUGUCUUCAUGAUUUUGUGCUUGCUUAUCACAAGUUCACGUUACAUGCUCAAUGUAGUAGCUAGCUGAAGAAAAGGUAUUGUUCUGUAGCUUUGGUCUUACCAUUGUGGUGCUUGUGUAAGCGUGGGAAAAUGAAAGAAAGGAUUUUUUAGCAAAUCAAUGAAUGAGAAAAGAGUUUGCUAUUUUCCCGCUUAAUUUAGAGCUCCAAAAAUGUUCAGAGUUCAGAGUAGUUGUUUGGAGACGAACAAUGAAUAAGUAUAAUAAAACAAAAGAGAAAUUUGUAAAAUAGUACGACAAAGUUCACUAUGUAUUCCACCAUCAGUACAUAAAGAAAUACUCCCUCCGUCCCAUAAUAUAAGAGCGUUUUUUACACUACACUAGUGUCGAAAACGCUCUUAUAUUAUGGGACGGAGGGAGUAUCAUACAAAUUCCCUGCUCACGAGACUAUAUUUAUAGCCUAAUGGUUAGUGUCAAAAUGUGUUGUUCUUGUUUCUUUAUGGUUACUUCUUUAUUAUAUGAAUAUGAAUGUGCUAGCUAGCUUAGCAGUACCAUUUGCAGUCAGUAGGUGUAGCUCACACAAUUCUUGGGUCAAUUUUGUCAUAACAAUAAGGCAGGACAUGCUUGCAAGAUGAUGAAACCAUGUAUAUAUAACUUGAUGACUAUCCAAAUUGAGAAAACCCUGAAAUAUUAUAUGUGCUCUCUUUGUAUCAGUUCUUAUGCUUGUGACAAUUCUGCACUCAUACUGUGUUCAGGUUAUUGGUUUCCUCUUGAGCAGAUGAACCACAUUGUCACAUUAAACUACGGGGACAUGUUCCCUCAGUCCUCUCUCGACAAAUCCAACAGUACAGGUUCUCCGGUGCGCCAAGUAUUGCCAGUGGCGAUGUCUGCAUCAUGGCCCAUUGAGGAGAGCAUGCCAGUCAGCUUAGAAGGGGAAGAUGUAGAGGCUGGACUACUCAGAGCCUUUGCCGCUGAUGUUGUGUUGUGUUAGGUCAACACGUAGUAGUAAAAUUAUUUUGCGGGAAGAGAAGACAGCGAGAAGAUGUUCCAGGUGACACGUCCUUCCAUCAAAACAAAAAGUUCAAACAUAGCAAAAAGUCGCAGAAAAGGAUGUGAACAUAGUAUACUCCCAUGGCUGUACGAGUAAACAUACACCAAGUGUAGACUUUCACCAUGUGCUUUAUCAUCAGUUAAAAAAAAGCUUUGUGUGUGCUACUGAAAUUGACAUGGUUUAGUUUGCUUUUACUUGUAUGCUACUGAUAGAUCAACAUUAUUUGCUUGUGUACUAAAGUGACUAAUUUGAACCACA